GAUUAAAUGUUAGUGAUGUCGUGGCUGUGUUUGUGUGUGCUGGUCUUCGUCGUAUCGCCCGCGGCAGCGGUCGUGGGCGGAGCACCCGCUGCUGCGCCAGAACCUGAUGCUGCGGUAGUCUUCACGCAAAGAUACGGAUACAGCGGCCGCUUAGAAGGCAUAAAGGACGAUACAAAAGGAUACUAUAUUUUUGCUGGAAUCAGAUAUGCAGAACCACCAAUGGGUUCUAGAAGGUUUCAGCGACCAAUUCGUCGAUACCUCGCGGGUGAGAUAUCGGCCAAAACGAAUUGCCGGCCUUGUCCACAACUUGACCCCCAAGGUUCGGGACGUGUUGUGGGCCACGAGGAUUGCUUAUGUCUUAAUAUUUUCUCCCCUAAAAUGCCAGGAGAGGAACAAGGUAGUCCAGUAGUCUUAUUUAUUCAUGGCGGUAACUAUCGAACAGGCUCUAUUGCACCAUAUGGAGGUCAACAUUUUGCCCAAAAAGAUACAAUAAUAGUUGCAGCUCAAUAUCGUUUAGGAUCUCUUGGUUUCUUGAGUACUGGACAAAAGGAUGCUUCAGGGAACACAGGUCUUUUCGAUCUGCGAGCUGCUAUGGCAUGGAUCAACGAUUACAUUGAAUUCUUUGGCGGAGAUAAAUCACGGGUGGUCGUAAUGGGUCAAGGUUCUGGAGGCAGUGCUGCUUCACUUCUCGCCUUGUCCCCUGAAGGACGUUCUGCCACUGGAGUAGCUGCUUUGUCUGGAGCUCCCCUGUCGCCAGGAGCAAUAAGGGAUGAUCCCAACAAACAUGCGGAAACUUUGGCCGAGAAAACGGGAUGUCCAAAGGCUCCAGCCGAGCAACUACUUAUUUGUUUAAGAAAAAUACCAGUGGAAAAGAUUGUACAGGUGGACAAUGAAAUCAGUACGGAUAUGAUAGACACAAAAGCAUUUUUAGAUGAAAUCUCUGGCCGUUCAGGUUCAGGAGCUCGAGUGGAAGGUGAGGACGAUAAGCGUGCCUUACCACCUAUGGUCUAUGAUGCGCCAGCUAAAUCGUUAAAAAUGAAACAGCAGCGUGUCCCCAUGCUCACGGGUGUCGUAUCUGCGGAAACAUCGAGAGCUGUGUUUGGUAAAUACAAUAAAUUCCUGACUGAAAAACUAACAGCAGUAAAAGACUUUAUCAAGAAAGAUCUCAUCGGUGGCCUCCGUAACGUGGUAACGGAUGUUCAAAAACUAAUUCCUGGUGUCCAAGGUGUUGUACCUCUGCCCGAUUACUACCAAGCAAUAUUUGACAGUUCCUUAAAAGCUGUAGAUGGACUCAGCGAAAUAGUUGAAGCUACGGGAGACGCUUUAUUCAACUUCCCCGCUUACCAGAGCGUUAAAGAGUGGAGUGCGGGUGCUCCGGCUUUCCUCUACAGUUUUGAGCACGUCGGGAAUCUCAGCAAGGGCUCGCACUUCCUACCUGGCCUCGCUAUUACCCAAGGAGCAGAUAAUCCUACAGAGGGCAUGGAGAAGAAGGUGAAGGGUCCGGCUCACGGUGAUGAACUGGCUUAUCUUUUCGAACCGCUGGACGAGGAAGGGAAAUCUGUAGGAAGGCAAAUUUCUUCAAUGGACGCUAAAGUCCGAGACUCAUUCGUUGAUCUGAUCGCUAAAUUUGCUCAUAAAAUGCCAGCAGAAAACAAAAAUGAGAAAAAUGUGUCAAAUAUAUUCGGAUUCUUGCCAUUUACUGCAGAAAAUGAGCAAUAUCUUAAGAUUACCGACAAAAUAACAUUAGACAAAAAUUUCAGAUUCUGUCAAAUGGGACUGUGGGGUAAUAUGGCUGACAGAGUGACUGGCGCACUUUGUAAAAAUGUACUGGGUCAGAUUCUUAAUCUUCCUAAACUCUUGAAAAACCCAUUGGACAAUGUACCGAUUAAUAAAAUCACUGGUCAAACAAUUAACAAAGGAUUGUCGAUUUUAUCGCCACAAAAGAACAAAAAUCAAAAUAAUCCAUCGGUAAAUCAGUGGAGCAAUCCAUUCGGAUUUUAGUGAUCCACUGUAAUUGUAUUUGUUCAAUUUAAAUAAAUUCAUACAUGUAUAUCUUAA